GCAAAGGCCUCCCGCAGCGCAGAUUCAUCAUACGCCAGUUAGGACAAUCAUCAGUUCGAGGCCUCGUAUUCAAUUCUCAAGUCGGAAGACUCUGGGUAGCAGCGCUAUAUCCUAACUUGAGUGCGCCUAACGAAUACAUAAGCUCCGGCAUAAAGUGGCAGACAUAAUUCUGUAACUCUUCUUCCCUGAUACUUCGAACAUGGAAUCUCUGACCGGUGAAUCACAAAAGAAACGCGUCUGCUACUUUUUUGAUUCCGACAUCGGAGGGUUUCAUUAUGGUCCGGGUCAUCCGAUGAAGCCUACAAGGGUGCGAAUGUGCCAUUCACUGGUGAUGAACUAUGGUCUCUAUAAGAAAAUGGAAAUCUUCCGGGCAAAGCCAGCUUCAAAACGCGAAAUGACGCAGUUUCAUUCUGAUGAAUAUAUUGACUUCCUCAACCGCGUUACGCCUAGCAACAUGAAGUCGUUUGUUAAGCAGCAGCACAAAUUCAACGUUUGGGACGAUUGUCCCAUCUUUGAUGGACUUUUCGACUACUGCUCAAUAUCGGCAGGUGGCUCUAUGGAGGGUGCUGCUCGGCUCAGUCGUGACAAGUGCGAUAUAGCCAUUAAUUGGGCCGGAGGUCUCCACCAUGCCAAGAAAGGCGAGGCCAGUGGAUUUUGUUAUGUGAACGAUAUUGUGCUGGGUGUCCUCGAGCUGUUGAGAUAUCAUCAACGCGUGCUGUACAUUGACAUUGAUGUACAUCAUGGUGAUGGUGUGGAGGAAGCGUUUUACACUACCGACCGUGUCAUGACGUGCAGCUUCCAUAAAUAUGGUGAAUUCUUCCCGGGAACAGGAGAGCUCAGGGACAUUGGUGUCCAGAAGGGGAAAUACCAUGCCAUGAACUUCCCACUGAGGGAUGGUAUAUCAGACGAGAAUUACAAGUCAGUGUUCGAGCCAGUGAUCAGACAGGUUAUUGAAACCUUUGACCCCUCGGCGAUAGUACUGCAGUGUGGGACCGAUUCCCUGUCCGGAGAUAAGAUAGGAAGCUUCAAUCUCUCGAUGAAAGGACAUGCCAACUGCGUAAAAUUUGUGAAGUCGUUUAACAGACCUUUACUUCUUGUUGGUGGCGGCGGAUACACCAUGCGGAAUGUGAGCCGCGCAUGGGCUUACGAAACCGGCAUAGCGGUAGGCGUUGAGUUGAGUCCGAAAAUCCCGGUAAACGAAUACUACGAGUACUUCGGUCCAGAAUAUGAGUUGAAUGUUAAGCCUUCAAACGCGGACGAUCUCAAUACGCGUACAUAUCUGGAUAGAGUCAAGCGAAUUAUUUUUGACAACCUGAGACAUAUGGGUGGCCCUCCGAGCGUGCAGAUGCAGGAUAUACCGUCUUUACCUCACGAUGACGAUAUGUAUGACGAUGAUGACGAACUUAUACCUCCUGACGUCCGUCGACACAAGAGAUUAUUAGAUUCCAGAAGGCAGGCCGAUGGAGAGUUGUCUGAUUCUGAUGACGAAGGAGAGGGUGGCCGACGAAAUCAUAGAGGACAUCGCGACUCUGAUGAGAAGCUUGGCACUGGAAUGGUUGGAAUUCUAGCUGCUGGUCUAACGUCUGCACAUGCAGGCCCUAGUGGGCAGACGACUGUGGAAAGGAUUUUGUCGUCGAAGAUGGAUAAUGACGAGUAGGGGAAAUGAAAGAAUCUAGGAGAAAAGAUUUACAUUUCCCCCUGUUUCCCUGUCUUGUCUCGUAGUACAACUUUGAUGCUCUUUGCCAG